CCCGAGCGGGAACCCUCCCACCCUCUCAGUGCCAGAGUGCACCCUCGUGCUGUUCUGAGAGAAGAAAAACAGACUCGGGUUACACGUUUCCUCCCUCUAGCCCUCGGUCACCCCGCCGUCCGAUUGGUCGAGGCGGAACCUCUCCCCUGGGUGCUGGUUAACCCCUCCUCCGAGUAAAUUUGGCCCAGCGCUUCACUGGCUGGCCUUGACGGUGCAUUUUCCAGUCGAGCCGAUUCAGAUUUGCGCCGGAGCAAGCAGGAUAAGGCAGAAAAGAGUCUGGCACGAUAAGGUGCAGACGGAAUCCUGCACAGCUGUGCUAACAAGGUUGUAAAUCAGCGAUGGUGGGAGGGGCAGCCAGGCUUGGCUGGCAGGAGGUUCGACUGCACUCUGGAUACGCCCCCAAUGGACAGUCAUACUCGCACCCAGAUCCUCCCGCCAGCUGUUUCGGGAUUCCUCAUCGAGGUCACUGCUGCCUGCUGAGCUGUGCUUUCUCGGUCCUGCAGAACAGCCAUUGCACUUCUGAGUGAAGGGGAGCUCUUUCAGUUCCCUCCACUGCACCCUCUGUUUCUGUCUCUGUCUCUAUCUCUCUCUCUCACCAAAGGAACCAGUGCCAGGCAUUCAGCCAUGUAUUCCGCGGUCACCCUGACCCUCAGGCAUGCACCCAGGUGCUGGACGGCAGGAAGGGCCAUCGGCACCGUCAUCUCAGGAAACAAGACUUCCCAACAGGUGCGGGAGAGGCUCAAGAGGGACGUGGAGAAGAUGGGGGCGCAGUUUCCCAGGUUCCGCCCGGGCCUGGUGGUGCUGCAGGUGGGAGACAGAGAAGACUCCAACCUCUACAUCAGCAUGAAGUUGAAAGCUGCAGCUCAGAUUGGGAUCAACGCCAACCACAUUAGGCUGCCAAAGACCGCAACAGAAGCUGAGGUUCUACGGAGCAUCAAGGCAGUAAACGAGGACCCCGCCGUCCACGGACUCAUUGUCCAGCUGCCCCUGGACUCCAUCCACCCAAUAGACACCGAGAAGGUCACUAACGCCGUGGCACCAGGGAAGGAUGUGGAUGGUUUGACCAGUAUAAAUGCAGGGAAGCUCGCUCGUGGGGACCUCGGAGACUGCUUCAUUCCCUGCACGCCCAAUGGCUGCAUGGAGCUCAUCAGACAGACAGGCACGUCAGUGGCCGGGAAGAGAGCUGUGGUUAUUGGCCGAAGCAAAAUUGUGGGGGCGCCAAUGCACGAUCUGCUGCUGUGGAGCCACGCGACGGUGACCACCUGCCACUCGAAGACGGCGGAUCUCCCCACCGAGGUGGGCCGGGCAGACAUAUUGGUGGUGGGGGCAGGAAAGGCAGAGAUGGUGAAGGGAGAGUGGGUGAAGAAGGGGGCGGUGGUCAUCGACUGCGGCAUCAAUCACAUUCCAGACAGCAGCAAACCCAGUGGGAAGCGAGUGGUGGGGGACGUACACUACCUCUCUGCCAAGGAGCGGGCAGGAUUCAUCACACCUGUACCUGGGGGUGUUGGGCCCAUGACUGUUGCUAUGCUCAUGGAGAAUACAGUGGAGAGUGCCAAACGUUUCCUCCAGAGCUACAAGCCAGGAAAGUGGAACAUUACCUACACCAAUAUAAAGAAGGAGACACCAGUACCGAGUGACACUGUGAUCUCACACUCCUGCUCACCCAAGCCUAUUACCCAACUGGCCAAGGAAAUCGGUCUCUUGUCUACAGAGGUGGAUCUAUAUGGAGAGUCUAAGGCCAAGGUGUGCUUGGAUGUCGUCAAGCGUCUUCAAAAAAAUCCAGAUGGGAAAUAUGUAAUAGUUACAGGGAUCACACCCACGCUCCUGGGGGAGGGGAAGAGGACAACUGCACUAGGACUGGCACAGGCAUUGGGGGCAGAUCACAAUGUUAAUGCCCUCGCCUGCAUGCGCCAGCCCAGCCCGGGCCCAGACUUUGGGAUUCGAGGAGGUGUUAUUGGAGGUGGAUAUUCCCAAGCUAUUCCAAUGGAAGAGGUCAACCUCCACCUCAGUGGGGACAUCCAGGCCGUCCUUGCUGCCGGCCGCCUGGUGGCCAACGCCGUGGAUGCCCGCCUGUUUCACGAGUCUGUGCUGACAGACAGGGCUCUGUAUGACCAACUGGUUCCACAGGACAAGGAUCAGAGGAAGUUCUCCCCCACCCAGCUCAGGACACUGAAGAGAUUGGGGAUUGACAAGACUGACCCAGCGACACUGACAGAACAAGAGAUCACCCGAUUGGUCCGGCUGAACAUUGAUCCUGAUGCCAGCGUUUGGGAAAGAGGAUUGGAUACCAAUAACCAGAGCCAGUCUCUGAUGGAAACAAGAUUGGCCAGGAUGUUCAAUAUUGCGGUGGCCAGUGAAAUUAUGGCCAUUCUGGCCCUUUCCAAUGGCAUGGAUGACAUGCAACAGCGUCUGGAGAAAAUGGUGGUGGCUACCAACCGAAGUGGGGAGCCCAUCACGACGGAGGACCUGGGAGUGAGCAGAGCACUGGCUGCGUUGCUGCGAGACGCCAUCAAGCCGAAUUUGAUCCAGACUUUGGAGGGGACCCCCGUAUUUGUUCACACAAACCCGUUUGCCGAUAUCGCCCAUGGCAACCCGUCCGUUCUCGCCGACAAAAUCGCCUUGAAGCUGGUGGGCCCAGAAGGAUUUGUGGUCACGGAGGCCGGGUACGGUGCCGACAUCGGCGCGGAGAAGUUUUUCGAUAUCAAGUGCCGCACCUCCGGACUGCAGCCGCAGGUCGCAGUCCUGGUUGCCACAGUCUGUGGGCUGAAGCUGCACGGAGGUGGUCCCACGGUUCUUGCUGGGCAGCCCCACCCAAAGGAGUACAAAGAGGAGAAUUUGCCUCUGCUGGAGAAAGGCUGCAGUCACCUUAAGAGGCAGGUGCAGAACUGCCAGGCCUUCGGGAUUCCUGUGGUCGUGGCGGUCAACACCUUUGAGACGGACACAGAAGCAGAGCUGGACCUCGUUUGCCACGCAGCCAAAUCGGCGGGGGCAUUCGACGCCGUGCCCUGCUCCCCCCGGGCUGCAGGAGGCGCCGGGGCAGUGGAGCUUGGCGAGGCCGUGAUAAGGGCAGCGGAGGAGCCCACCUCCCUCAGGUUCCUCUAUGAUGCCGAGCUGCCAAUAGUGGACAAGAUCAGAGUCGUUGCCAUGGAGAUGUACGGCGCCAAAGAUGUGGCGCUUCUUCCAGAGGCCAAGCGCAAAGUGGAACUGUUCACUAACCGGGGCUACGGUAGUCUGCCCAUCUGCAUGGCCAAGACUCCCCUCUCACUGUCACAUGACCCUGAGAAGAAGGGGGUGCCAGCUAGCUUCGUUCUGCCCAUCCAGGACAUUGGAGUCAACGUGGGAGCUGGGUAUCUCUAUGUGCUGGUAAAUGGGGAGCUUGUAUUGCCAAGGGCACCUGAAUGGCCCUGUUUCCAUGACGUGGACCUGGAUUCAGGGACCAGUCAUGAAGACUGUCUCCUAUGAUUCAGAUCUGCACAGAGUUGUCUGCAUUAGAACCAGAGAGACUUCCUCCUCAACGACAGUGCUGUUCUUCUUUCAUUGAUACCUUCCUGCUGUGCUAUACACUGUCUCUAGCCAACUCCCUGCAUCCUCACUGCUGGGAACCGGAGACAGACUGGGACUCCAUGUGAUAUCCACACUAUAUGCAUGCCCUGCUAUCGUUUUUCUACCAUAGACUCUGCUGCCAAAAUGCAUCUAUUCCUGAAGAUGUGGAUAAAAAAACUGACUACCCCACAGGGAGAAAAACAUGCUGCUUGCUUGUGAUCGUUUCUGACUGUGUCUCUUAGGCAGAAUAUAGCAAUUUCAGGUCAGGACUGGGCAGCAAACUUCCUUUCUUGAAGUGUCAAUGUAAUACUGUUUAUCUUGUAUAAAAUAGAAUAGGAUAACUUUAUUUUUCCUUGGGUGAACUUCAACUUCAAGUAGCUGGCAUACAAAAAAUUAAAUAAACAAUUUACAUAAAUUACAGUAAGAAAUAUAAUUGCAUAAAUUGCAUUUUGAUAUACCUAUACUAUAUUACUAUUACUACAAAUGAGAAAUUAAGAAUUCUGUCAAGGACAUUCUAGUAAAAAAAAUAUCAUACAUAAAUUACAUUGAACUAAAACACUGAACACAAAAAUAAAUUUCAGCCUAUGCUAAAUAAGAAAAUUUAAUUAGGCAUUAAAAUGACGGUGUGUUGCGUCAUUGAUGACGCAAACAGAUGUUAGCACAAAACUGUUGAGUAUUCGCCUUGUUUUAAAGGUUAGGGACCUAAGCCUCCGUCCCAAUGGAAAGAUCUCAAACAGAUGAUUCAGGAGAAGGACCAUUAUACUUUCUUGAAUAUGUAUACUCUUUUCAUAUAGUUGUUUAAUGGUCCUUUCUAGUCUUCCUGCGAUUUUACUACUCUGUAAUGUCACACUCUCCAGCUUAGUUUGUUGUUAUUUAAGCUGCUAGGAUGAAGGUCAGUGCUGAUUUAAUGAUUGAAUAAUUUUAUGAGAGAAGAUAUGGUCCUUCUGGGAAUAAGGACUGACAGUCAUUACCACAAUACACAAAAGUACUCCUUCCUGCUCCUGACUAAGAAUAGACCUCAUAAUUAAAAUGAAUAGUAUCGUUACAAGCUCUGUGCUUCCUUGCUGACAUAUAGGCAUUACUGUGAUGUUUCACAUUCAGCAGGGUCAAAGAUCUGAUCCCACGUGCUUCUGCCUGUCUCCAUAUUCAGACAGUGUAAUUAGACGCCACACAGUUUCAGCGUAGCGUGUGCUUAUGCGAUCCUUUAAAUGUAUCACUUAAUCCUGAUUUUCUGCUUACAGUUCAUGUCUGGUUUAUUCUUACUGAAGCACAGUUUUUAAAAUACUAAAAUGUCAUCAAGUUAUUGCAACUUUUCUAUAAUGUUACAGUAGGGUCAUGCGUAGUUAUGGUAAAUAACAAAACUGUAGCGCAAUUUUGCAAACAAACCCACUAAACUGAAACUUUCCAGCUACAUUGUAAAUAGUUCCAUACUUUAUACCAAAGUAAAAUGUCUUGAAGACAUGUUUGUGACCUGACAAAUUCAGGAAAGCAAGAUUCCUACAAAAAUGGUUCCAAACGCAUUACUUGGCUGGGGGGGGGAAGACUCUGGUGACUGGGAAGGGAAUUGCAUUGUGCUGCUGACAUAGUUCACUUAGCCUUUUCAAUUAUUUGUUUUCUCAGUCAUUGUCUGAAUCAAUAAAAAAAGCCAUUGUUGGGGUAUAAGGCUUAAGUAACAACCAAUGCAAUAAUUACCAGUGCUGUCUUUGUGUGCACCAAACUGCUGGUAUUUCUCCAGUAUAUUAGCAUCAUGCCCAGGUCCUUAACAGCAUGGGUGCAAAUGUAACAAAUUAUAUAAUUGAGAUAUAUUUUGCAUCUUGCUAAUGCGUUUUGGUAUCUGUUUCUUUUUGAAAUGGAAGUCAUGUGUUUGGAGUUUGCCGAUUUUGGUAAUAAUUAAAGCUGAAAAAUCACAGGUCUAGAAUUAAUACGAAUAAAGGCAGCACAUUGUCAUGUUGUAGUUCUGGUCUCUAUACCAAGAAAGCACAACACAUAGAAAAGGAAUAUCUUCUCACAGCAUUAGAAAAAAAAAUGAUUUAACAUUUAUGUUACAUAUGUAGCUUGUGUAUUUUCAGAUUUGUCAGUAAAAUCUUAAAAUACUAACUAAAAGGUUUAUUUAGCCUGUCUGCUAAAUUUGAGGGGGAAGAAAAGAUUCAAUUUAGCCUCAAUCAAAAAUAAAAUUCUGUAUUUAGGAUAAAUAUAAGAAGAAGAAAAAAAAAUGUGAUGUGUAUUACUUUACAUUUGGCACCUCAUAUUUUCAGAUUAUAUGCUUGAUCAAAUAUAACCCUAUGUUCCAUUUAAUGCAUCUAUAAAUUCCUGCCCCACUACCUUGGUUUGCAUGUGCUGGCAUGUCAUGUGCCACCGAAAGGUCUCUGCAUGGCCCUGCUUCAAACUCUCCUCACUGUGGAACUUCUUUUUUCCAUGGAAAACUUGUGGAUAUAUUCAAAUUCCAAAAGGCAUGACCAUAAGGUAAAUAUAAAAGUGCACACUCUAACAAAUGCUUGAACCACAAAUUGUUUUUGAAGCUGAGGAGGCAAAUAACUCAAAUAAAAAUACAUUUUACAAACCUGGAGAUUUAUGGGGAAUCCCAUCUAAAUUUCAUAUUAUUUAACAGGAAUUAAGUCCUGUGUGAAAAUGAAUUUGCUGCUGGAAUGCUGUUUGUGUAAACAGAAAGAUAUGAGUAAAGAUAUUUCUCCACUGUCUCUUCAUUGAUAUUCAACGGAGGUGACAAAAUGCUCUUUCAAUUUAGAUAUGUUGUGUGGUGCAUAUCCAGCAAAACAUUUAUUUCACAAAAACGCAUUACUUACAGGAUACACAGUUAAUGGACUUCAAACUAAGGUCAGUAAUUCAUGGCUCAGUCUAACACACUUAUUUUAAUUCAGUCGGUCCACAAACAAGCUAGAAAUGGCAAGCAGGUUUCAGCAUGUACUGCAUUUAGCCACUUUUGAAUUUCACAAACAUAGGCUUUGAGAGUUAUGCAGACACCUCUCAUAGAGGGAGGAUUAGCAUACAGGACAAUUUCAAACCUACUGUUAUGACUGAUUCAUCCUACGUGUUGCCCAUCAGACAAUGAGUAUGAUAUGAAACUUGCUUUCAAAAUCAUAACCCAAGUCCUUCAUACACUGUUGUAACCAGGUACCGUAAAUGGUCAUCCAGGGCUGAUCUCAUGAAGAGGAACAGUGCUUCCUUUUCCGUGCACUUUCUUUGUUAGUAUAAUUGGAACUCAAGAAUAAUUAUUUUAAUCUUCACAGAAAUCUCUGCAAUUCCAAACACCCCAGGGAGCACAUCAGUGCACACUGAGUGUUUGGUUUCACUAAGAGUAGAUUUAUAAAUACUUGGAAGUUUCAAAAAACACAUCCCUAGAUUUUAAUUUUUAUCAGAUUACAGUAUUAAUGGAGAGUACAAUGAGAAUUGAGCGAAUAAAGGGAUUAAUAACCAACCUUAAGCUUCAGCAAAAGUUUCUUGCAGAUACUGUAAAUGCAGACAGAGCCAGAGCAUGUUUUUAGAGGUAUGUGAUAUACACAACCUAAACAAAGCAGCAGUGAUGUGCCCAUCAGCGGCCAAACUGGAUACAGCAAACCCUCUGAGAAAAUGUCAUGGACUGCAGCUCCAAUUUUACUCAGAAAAAUAAACCAAAGGAUCAUUAGUUUUACUUCUGCAGGGUCAUGUGUUUCAUUACUAAGAUGAAUUUCCAUCAUUAGGAAGAUGCCAUCAUGAUAAGUAUGAAUAGCCAUUAAUGUCUUAGUUCAGCUGAGGACAACUUUUUUCAAGGUGGACUAAAAAUCAGUCUUCAUCUUCACUAACCUAAGGGGAUGGGGGAUUGGAGCGGAGUGAGGGGUCUAGACCAUAGCUGAGGUGUAUUGCUUAAAUAGAUAAAGUCUAUAGUGGGAACCGCAUAUAAUUCCAUGCUGAUGGUAGAUAUUCUGUACCUUCCCAAAAAGACUUCAUCAUAUCAAUUUCCAAUCAAAUAGCUACAGUGCACUGCAGCAAAGACACCAAGCCCCAGUAACAUAGCUAUUCUUCAUUUUAUUGAGUGCUUAGGAGUUUUACAACAUGUUUUUGAAUGGAAUUUACACUUGAUUGAAAUGCAACACAUCAGUCAAGAACACUUAAUCUGACUCCUAUAAUGCUGUCCCACUCAGGUUUUCCAGACAUCUUUCCUUUCAGAAGGGAUUAAGUAAGGGAGAGUUCAUGAGAGUCAGUAGUUGACUGGAGAAGUGAAUUGCUAGAUAUUAACAACUUGUGUGAAAGUCUAAUGAGGAAUAGUGGGUUUUGAGAUAUAUUUCUGGGGCAGAAAAACCUCAGACAUCUAGAAUUAAUUUCAGUUUCUUCCACCAGAAUUCAGGAUACACACUGAAAUAUCCCAUCACAAACAUAUGAUUACAUCAACUCUGCAAGGCAUUGUAAAAGUGAGAUAAGUGUUCUUUGGUGUUGCAGUGAAAACACAGCUCGGCACAGUUGCAGAAAUAUAUUUCUGUGGUGGAAAACAUGUUUUUCCAGUCAAACCAUAUAGUCAAUUGUUGUGUGGCAAUCGACAAUCAGAAGAGUCAUCCCACCUUAUAACACAAUUCAAUUUAUUUAGAUCCACCAUUGGCAGAGACAUGGAUAAGAUCAAUUCCCAGGGUCAUGGAAAGAAAAUGGUAAUUAAGGUACACUGUAUGACCAAAAGUAUAAGGACAUAUAUAUGGACAUAUAUAUGGUUUUGGCUAAGCCAAUUAGUUCCAGUGAAGACAAAUUGUAAUGCUACAGCGUACAAUCACAUUCUAGAUGAUGCUGUGCUUCCCCAAGAGUUUCAGAAUGGUCCUUUCCUGUUUCAGCAUGACAAUGCCCUCGGGCACACAGCAACAUCCAUAUAGAAAUGGUUUUGUCAGGAACAGUGUGGAAGAACUUGAUUAGUCUGCAUAGAGCCCUGACCUCAACCCCAUCUAACGUCUUUGGGAUCAAUUGGAAAGCCAACUGCGAGCCAGGCCUAAUCGCCCAAUCAGUGCCCAACUUCACCAAUGCUCUUCUGGCUGAAUAGAAGUAAAUUCCAGCAGCAAUGCUCCAACAUCUAGUAUAAAACCUUCCCAGAAAAGUGGAGGUUGUUAUAGCAGCAAAGGGUUGACCAACUCCAUAUUAAUGCCCAUUAAUUUCAUUUUGGAUGAAAUGUUGGAUGUCAGGUGUCCACAUACUUUUGGCCAUGUACUGUAGUUUAUAGAACUGGACUCCAUAUAUUCAUGUACUUCAUUGGAAUUUUCAGGUUUCUGAGACAAUUUAUAGCUCCAUCGGCAAAGUACUGCACCCUCAAAUGGAAAAUAACAUUUAUGAUAGUCUCAAAAUAUGAACUAGUCUGAAACAAAUUCUGGUGCAGAGGCGUGUUGAUGUUGUUGUUUUUGUUGAUGAUGAUAAUGAUGUUGAUGAUAUUUUUAGUCAGCCACAUCAACUUAUGCGAUACAAUGGAUGUAUACACAAAACAUUCCCACAGAGAAGCAAGAAUAGAAAUCAGGCAGAAAAAAACCUGUGCUAAAUAAAACAACGUCACGGGAAAAACAUUGCUUAACAAUGACCCACAAGAGGAAUAUUUUCAUGUAUGAAUUGCUAUUUUUAAUUUUGAUUAACAAAGAACAAAAAGAUUUUCUCAAAUUUUGAAGUUACUUUUCUUAAACCUCCAAGUUGACCUUUCAGCCAGCAAUUGCAAAGCCACCCAUGCACACCCCCACAUACACCUACUUACACAUCUGCACACCCCUUAUGCCCAUGCACACAUAAACACAAACACACAAUGGGUGGUGUGGUGAGAUUUUAUAAAUCUGCACUGGAAACAGGUUUUUUUCUAACAAAAAACAGAAACGAAAGGCAAUACUGUGUUUUUUUUUAAGCACUGGUUCUUGCGCGCUUGGAUAGUAUUUUUGCAAAUUUCCCCACUUUUCAUGGUUGGGGACAGGAUGCCGGUUUUAAUUACUCAUACUGCUAUCACAUCGCUACCUUAAGCCAUUUUAGGCAAUUACCUGCUGGUCUCCCUGUAGUGUCGUUCUCAAUGACGGUAUUAAGCAUUUCUGGAAACAAACUGUCAGUCCUUAGGUUUCUAUGGUAACUGUGGCCGACACCUACCUGCUUGCUGACGACAGCCACCAGCGUGUUUUCAGGCUUGCAGACAAGCGCGUGGUUGCAGAAGACUUUGCUUCUCGGUCCAGUGGGCUUUCACCUUCCGGCGCAUUUUGAACUUCGGAAAAAUAAAAAAAUAAAAAGAAAUAAAAAAACACCGUCUUGCAGUAAUUUGAGAAGAUUACAGGACAGUAUUUUGAUGCUUCUUCCUGACAUCGUUAUAAAGGAACUAGGGUAAACGCAGUCGGAAAUGUAAAAUCCCACCCAGAAGAAGUUGUUCUGAAUUAUAAGCACACUGAUGUGUACUUUGAGUUUUUGUUAAGAAGGGAAGACCUUUAAACCUGGUGAAAGUCAGCAAUGUCAUUUCAGGAGGUCCAAGUUGAACAGAGCCAAGAAAAGGUUGGUUUGAAGAGGAAGCUGACGGGACCUCCAAGGCUGCUUUUGGGCAAAUUCAGGGCUAAAACUCAAGGUGACAACGAGACAGAGGCUCAGACUGAGGGACCCGAUGACAGGAGUGACAGCAAGGAGCCCGGAAUGGAUUCUCCCAAAAGCCAGCACGGCAACACGGCAGAUGAUGGCUCCCCGAGCAUCGCCAUGGAGAGUUUCCAGAAUCUCACCGCCAAGCAGCCGGAGAUGAAGAGUGAGCAGGCCCCAGCCGUAGCUUUGGAGGUGUGUUCCACUUCAAAGAAUAGUGACGCAGAGGGAGAGGGUCGGGAUGAUAGAAAUACAGUGAAAGAGCGGGCAAAGAAAAGGUCCCGGAGGUGGUUCUGGGCCCCCUCUAUGGUCUGCAUAAGAAGACGCAGGAGGAGAUCUGGUGGGGAACGAGGUGCAGAUGGACCCUCCUGUGAUGUGAAGACCAGUCUUGCUGGCGAGCUCCUUGUGGAUGACCCCACUGGCCCAAGCGAAGACCGCAAGGCCACCAUUUUACAUUAUCAAGGCGAUGCUGUCACAGAAGGAAAAGGUGGAUUCUCGGACAGAACUGGAUCCACCUUGAAAAGACUGAUUGCAUUUAACAAACGCAAGAAGCCUAAAGGAGUGCAUUCGGAACCCGCAGUGCAAAGUGGAUCUAAAGCCCGGCUUCACCCAAAAGCUUCCUUCAGGAAAAAAAUGGGACUUUUCUUUAAACGUGGAAGCAAGAAUUCCCCUACCUCAGCAGAGCACAGGGGCACAACAGCUCCUCUGGACAGAGAGGCCGUGGGACUGCCUCUCCACGGACAAGGAGAACUCAGUGUCCCAGAGGGUGACUGUUCAGAAGCUGCUACAAAGUCAGGGGGUCACCUGACGGUGAGCGUGGAGGUGAGUGCUCUCGGCCAAGGAAGGACGGAAGAGAGAAGUCCCGUGGGAAGCAGCAAUAGGGCCGAUGGCGGUGGGAGCCCCGUGGGGUUGAGAAUGAUAGCAGAAGAAAUUAAACCUCGGCGUGGCUGUAAGGAUGAGCUGGACAGCAGACCUGAGCGGAGACUGAAAUCUGACCUUCCCUCAAAAAGUGCUGGUGGCCUCCCACCGCUGAUGGAGGAGACCUCUGCUGCAGAGAAAGACUCGGAUUGGUCCCCUGAUCUCAGAGCAAACCCCCACAAGGAUAGGUUAAAGGAAUCAGAUGCCGGAUCUCCAGUGGAUGUCACAUGUGCUGAGAAUGGCAGAAUUCCAGAGAAUGCACACACACAGGAUGCAAUGGGAGAGGGGCAUUCCUUGAGUGGACUUGGCCUGGAGAGCAGCGUGCAGGAUCUCCUUGCCUUGAAUGUCAGGGUACACAAUGGGAUUGACUGCAUGGGACACCUCAGCAGGGUCACUGUGCCCAUGGACACAGACAUUGUGGUUACCAAUGGACCAAUGGGAUCCCCUUUGGAGGACCUUCACCUUGGGGGCAGGUCCUUUCUAAACGACCUCCCUUAUUGUGAAUCUGGCCCACGGAAUUGCGAGGCGCUUCUGGUGCAGACCGCCUCCUCCUUGGUCCAGGCAGCAGUGAAGGCAGCCCUGGACCAACUUGCUGCGGAACUGGACGCUACGGCUGCCAGCGUCCACCAGGGGGCACAAGCGUGUCUCUGAGCCCCUCAUUGACUCUGUUCCCUACACCUUAAUGAACAGUACUUAUUGGGGAGGAACAAACAGGAGGCCAGCAGAAAUGUCUUGUGACCAAACACCAUACACCUCCCCUCCCCCACGCAUACACACUGCACACAGAGCACAUCUAUCCCUUCGUUUUCAACAAGAAAAGCUUUCCAGCAGUGCCAACAAACCAGUGCAUUGUGACUUUUAAUAAAAUAUCCAAAAAUGUCAGACAGAAAUGAGUACCACGACGGUACAAUUAAGGAACUAUCCAUUAUUGUGUUCUUGCUUACUCAAAGGUCAUGGGAGGGGAAUCUGAGCAUUAAAUAUAUGUUGUCAUGUUGGUAAGACAGUUUUAAAUAUAAUGGACAGAUUAAAUUAAACCUAAUCAUUUAUAUUUUAUUCAAUCCAUCUAGCGGCUUGUUGUGUUGGAGGCCAGAGUAAAAAAAAAAAACAUAUUCUGUGAUGGCUAGCCAGUGGCAAUUCUAUUUUACACUGAUAAAAAGUGACCAUUUAAAUGUGUUUUAUUCAAUUAGUCACAAUUGUAUCUGAAAUGUGUAACCUGUGUGUAACCAUUUUUCUCACUCUUAGCAAUUGGAAAAGGAUCUGAAGUCCAUUAGCUAUGUAAAUGUAAGGUAUUUCAGCUGUCAAUAAUGUGAAUUGUAGUCAGUGUUGAAACCGUCAAAAUAUGGAAGGUUACCUUGCAUUUUCUGUAGUUUUCUUCUUAUGUGAUUUCAUCACUAACACCCAUAAUUACUGCUGAACAGGUUUUGUGGGUUUAUGGCCAAAUGGCCAACCAGCUGGGCACAUGUACGCUCCUCCAUAUUAAAUAGAAAGCAAGACAAGUCUUUUAUCAAGUUUACCCUUGAGAAUUCUUAUCAAAAUGGAUUCUGUGUUAUACCUAUUGUAGACCAGUGGCUCUGUUUUACCUUUUUAUAUUUAUCACAUGUGUCAUAUGCAUUUAUGUCCAUGCUGUAAAAAAAAUGCAUUUGGUGUAUUACUGUUCAUGAACACUGCUGACAGAUUGAGCGAAAGAGACAAGCAACAUAUUUUCUCCCCAGUCUUUUUAUUUCAUCAAGGCUUUUGAGACAGAACUUAAAAUAGAGAAAUGCUGAGAAUGACAAAGAUCCUCUGGAAGACCUGCGUUUGGUAAAUGCCAAAUAACACCUUUGUGUUGAUUAAUCUUCUAAGAAAAAACAACACUUGAGACAGUUGUAUGCCUUGCCUGGUGGUUUCAGAGCACUCUUCCAGGGCCAAGGCCUCUAAUAAUGCAUUGUUGAUCACCUAGUCUGCCUGAAUUUGAUUAGGAAAUUGCACUGAUGCUGACUAAGUAUAGUGAAGGAAAGUUUGGCAAAUAAAUUGCAGUGUUGUAAAUAAAUUACUACCAAUUACAGACCGAGAGAGGAGAAACACUUUAGACAUUAUAUCACAUGCACUCACAUUCAGACAAACAGACACAACUUGUGAUCAUACACGUACACAAGCACUCUCACACAAACACUAAAACAUUUUUAAAUACAGUUGUAAGCACUUAAAUGCACAUAAUAUAAAAUAGUUAAAGAAUUUUUUUUUUGUUUUUUUAAAGGAACACCUUAAGGGGAGAUACCACAGGUGAAUAGUGAAAAAAAUGUUGUUUCAUCCCAUCAAAAUGAGAUUUUAUAUUUUGAAUGUGGACACAAAUGCAAACAUUUUCUGUAUUAUGAUUUUUAUUUAUUUUUUAGGAACAUAUGCAAAUUGGCUCAUGAAUAAUUAAAAGAUGAAAUUGCAUAUUCGUUUAAACACUUCAUUUUCUUAGUGGAUUGAAUCAAUCUGUAAAGUAAGCUGGAAAAAAAUGGCUGAUGAUACAUUGAAUGUAAAACAUAUAAUAAACGGAAUAUUUACAGAUACAUAACACACUGUAUGCAAUUCAUAUCGGCAAGCUGAGGAGAGUACUAACAUUAGAAAAAGCCUUUUAACAACAGAAACCAAUAAGAUUCUAGUUAAUAACUAUAUUUGAGAAAUCAUUGUCACAAUCUGGAAUGAUAUGCGAGUCAACAGGGUCAAUCCUACAGCCUUAGUGACACACGUUUAUGAAAGAUGCUACCGGAAGCUCAUGUUAUGCUUGGUAUAUGGCUGGUAUGAAAUAUUUCAAUUAACAAUUUAAAGUUGUCUCUGAUCAUUGUUUCAUAUAUUUUAUGAAACAAAAGUUGUAGAAGCUAAAUAUCAUAAUCUCUCGAAAUUGAUCUGUCCAGCUAAAAUCACCCUUUUUGCCUGUGGUUCCUCCUCUCAAACGUUGUGUUCAAUUUGGUAUGCUAUGUGGACUUCUGUAGCUGUGGUUAUUUUGCCCAGAUCUAAAAUUGCCUAAUUAAUCUCAGGCUUAAUAGCAUUUCAAGCCAGGAAAUAUAAUUUCACUGUCCAGUAAUAUCCACACAUCUCCUAAUUAACCAGCUAAGUGUGACACUCCUGUUGAUUAUGACCUUUUGCAUGCAGACAGACAUAUCUGUCAUUUAAAAUGCCCUGUUAAGCUGAAAAAAAGUUGGCGUUCAUGUUAGGUGAGGGCUUUUUCCUCCAAGUGCCCUGGUAAAUGUAGUGCCAUGAUAUAACUGUUCAUGUUGCAUUUUAUUUUCAGCUAACAUGUUUCCAUUCUGACCAUUCGCAAUGUUCUGUCUUCCUGUUGUUGCCUAGUGCUCCUGCUUGCACAUGUCCAUGUUAGCCAUAUAAAUAGUACCUCUAUAAAUAGUAGUAUCUUCUACAAUGCUCAGUGAAUGUGUCUUAUUUGUAAGAUUAUAAAACUGAGUUGGCAGCAUCAUCCUCAGCAAGGCUGACAACCCAAUAUCCAGAUUUAUGUCCUUCCAACAAACAGAUGUUUUCAGUUAGUGGCAGGCUAUCGCUUCAUAAGCGUAAACAUCAUCCAACAGCAGGCAGCCUUUCCACGUAGACCGUUUUUAUCAUUUUUAAAUGAGUCAGUAAAAUACGCAUGUCCAUCAGGCCUACGGCUGGUGCUUUUGACUUGGAUAAGGAAUCCAAAGGAACCAUAAACUGGUUACAGCCUUCUGCCACAAUCCGUCUUAACUUACAGCAUGAAACAUGCGUUGCAGAUGACUAAUCGUUGCCAUGACUAGCAUUGUGCAUGCUAUAAUGUAGUAUACAUUGCAGUAAGUCAUGUGGCCUACCAUCUAAUUCAUGGAUAUAAAUGUAAUAUAAAAUAUUAUACAGUAUACAUACCCUGAUUGAAUAUUGCUGGACCCUAUCCCACUGUAGCCUGUUGCUGUUAAUUUGUGUGAGCGUACUAGCAAGUCAGUGUACCUUCAGUUUUUUUAUGACCACGACAUGACUGACACGACUCCACUACAGAUCAAUCUGCAGUAAAAAGAAGGCUUCAGAAGGGUUCAUUUUUGUAAUUUUAUCCAUCCACAUAUUUGUGUGCCAAAAUUAGUUUUUUUUAUCUUCUCUGACUCAAAGUAUGACACCACAGAUUGUAAAUCUUGUUUCCAUAGCAAUUUGUAAGGCAGUAAAUCGAGCAGAGUCCAAUACCUAUAUGACACAAAGAGUAAGCAUUGUGUGUAUAAAAAGAUCAGGUUUUAAUCUGUUAUCACCAACAAAAACUUAGUUGUACUAGGAGAUGGCACAAGGGAAACAUACAUAGCUAUAUAAGUUAAGAAUACUAUCAGCAACUGCCAGGCACAACUAUCUGGAAUAAUUUCCAUGUUGAAUUCAGUAUCCUAAGUGCCCAAAGAUGCUGCCAGGUUAAGCUGACCAGUAAGACAAUAUUAAUAUUUCUCUUUUCGGUCAUUCUGCACACCUAACACUCUUUCGUGUAUGCACCACAAAGCCACAACUAAUGUAUGGUGUAAAGCCAUUGCGAUACGUUGCACAUAAGGACCCACCCUGCAUCGACGUGUCAGAACAUGUCUAUUUAUUAUUUGGUCCUAGCACUCCCUCUAGAGGUGACACAGCCUUACUGCAGUGCAAUGAGGAAGCGUGAAGCUUGUAAUCACACAUUUUCACAAUUUAUUUCCACAAGAAAUGUAUUGAACUUAUAAAGUAAAUAAAGUCUAUAUAUAUCUUCCUAUGCCCACAGGGGCUCCAAGGGAAGCAAUGUGAUGCGUUUCUAGUUUUGAUUUGCAUUUGAAAAUAUCUACUUUUUUCAAACUAUCUGCCUUUGAAGUCACAAUGAUAAAAAGCUCUUUAAACAGUCAAAUAUACCCGAACAUUGAAUUUGCAGAACAAAAACAAGACACAAAAAAUUAAUUGAAUCACAAAGUUGAAAUAUGAGCUUUUUACCACAAUCGUAAUUUGUCUGUCCAUGUGUGAUAAAGUCACAGAAAAAAAAAUAUUACGCCAAUUUCUAAAAAAUGAAAUUUUAUUUGCAAAAGUUUUUUUUGUAAUGUUCAAAACAUUAACAUACAUUAGUGUUUCUUAUUAAUAAAUACUUGGACAUCCUAAUGUAUUCUAACAGAUGUUACUGACAAAUUGCAAUAGGUAUUGCAGAACAGUGAACUGAAACUACCACAGCAAAAAUGACCACACCAUUAACACACACUCACAAAGACAAUGAAGCAAAUUGUAGGCAAGUCUUUUUCCUUGCCCAAUCCCAAUUGUCUAAAUUGACAAACUGCAUUUUCUGGAUCAGUUCACGUCAAUGCAGGCUCAAAUAAGUGCUACGUGGGAACAAAAAUGUGGUUGCUAAAAUCUAAAUAUGAGGUUCUCAAUUCACUUGUAUGUACUUUACAGUACAACCAUUCCAGUGUGACUAUUUUAAAUGCAGCAACUACAAUUCAUCCAGUAACCACGGCACACAUAUAUAGCUGAACAGAGCUCCCUUCGGAGAAUGGUAUAUCAUUUAGAAGUACCAUGAAACCCAUUCAUGAGUCACCAGGGAAGUAUGCUAAACAGCAAUCAAAAAUAGAGCAAUGGAUGUGAUAGAUAAGGUCCACAGUAUGUGUAUUUGUCAGUAAACCCCUUUACCAGUUUGAAAUUUGAGAAUAUACUUUCUCUUAAGGGCGAACAUUUUAAAGAUUUAAAAACGGCUAUUUAUUUAUUUGUGGGUGCCCAAAAAGGAGGUUACUAAGGCAAACUGUAAAGUACUGUUGUAAAACUGCGAUGCCUGCAUAUAAAUAUCAAAUAAAUGACUAAGUGUGUUGGGACAUG